AUGGAAGAAAUGGAAACCAAGCUCAGCAGCAGCGACAGAGAGGAAGCUUUCAAAAGAGAACUACCAUACUGGGUAGGAGAGAUAGACUUCACAGCUUCUAGGAAGAAACAUGGAAAGUUUAUUAAGGUCCCAAGUACCAUUCACCCUGGAAUUAUAUUUGACAUCAUGCUCAGUAAGUGGAAGCUACCUGCUCCCAAUCUGGUUGUCUCUUUAGUAGGCGAAGAAGAAAACUUCCAGAUGAAGCCUUGGCUACGGGACGUCUUAAAAAAAAGACUUUUAAAGGCAGUUCAAAGCACAGGUGCCUGGAUUUUUACCAGUGCUUUACGUGUAGGAAUAACAAGACACCUAGUGCAAGCAGUCCAAGAUCUUGCACUGGCUAGUACUUCAUCCAGAGUAAGCGUGACUGCCAUAGGAAUAACUUCACUCAGAAAAAUUAAGCACCGAGAAAUUCUGGACAACACAAAGAAUGGAAGUCCUGUACACUACCAAUCUGAUGAUAGUAGCCAAGGCCCACCAUAUUCCCUGGACCACAACCAUUCCCAUUUUAUUUUGGUGGAUGACAUAACAACAGAUGAGCCAGAUGGAGCCACUAAGCUACGUUUAGCCUUGGAAAAGCAUAUUUCAGAGCAGCGUACUGGAUAUGGUGGAACAGGUAGCAUCGAGAUCCCUGUGCUUUGCUUACUGGUAAAUGGAGGGCCAGGCACACUUGAGAGAAUUCUCAGCGGUCUGGAAAAUUCUGCUCCCUGGCUUAUCUUAGAAGGAUCUGGAGGUACAGCUGACAUCUUAGCUGCAUUCAUGAAUGGCCUACAUUCCAUCAAUCCAGAAUAUGUUGAAAAGCAAUUUAAGGAGAAAUUCCCUGCAGAAGACUUCUCGCAGAAGGACAUUCUCCAAUGGACAGAAACAAUUAAGAACAUUAUGUCAUCAUCACACCAGCAUCUUCUAACUCUGCACAACUUUGAGCAAGAUGAUUCAGAAGAACUAGACACAGUAAUUUUAAAAGCUUUAGUGAAAGCCUGUAAAAGUCAGAGUCAUUACGCUCAGGAAUAUCUGGAUGAAUUGAAGCUGGCAGUGGCCUGGAAUAGAGUUGACAUUGCUAAAAGUGAAAUACUCAAUGGUGACGUGGAGUGGAAGUCCUGUGACCUGGAAGAAGUGAUGAUGGAUGCUCUGGUCAAUGACAAAACAGAAUUCGUAAAAUUAUUUAUUGACAAUGGGGCUAACAUAUGUGAGUUCCUGACCCAUGGUCGUCUGCAGCGACUCUACUGUUCCAUUUCUCAGAAAUGCCUCCUCUAUGAACUGCUGAAGAAGCAUGAAGAAAGCAACCUGUCCUUGGCAGUGCUCCCUGGUCUACAGCAAAAUGAGCAGAAGGACAACAGCCCACUUUUCACUCUCAGUCAGGUCUCUAGAGUUCUCAAGGAUUUUCUUCAUGAUGCAUGGAAAGAUUUCUACGAGGAAAAGUCUGAUCACAUGAAUACAGAGCGAAUGCCCUUGGAUAUGAACCAGAAAUGUGAAAAUCCUUGGAGGGAUUUGUUUGUCUGGGCAGUACUUCAAAACCGGCACAAGAUGGCAAACUAUUUCUGGGCUAUGGGUCGGGAGGGAGUAGCAUCAGCUCUGGCAGCCUGCACCAUCCUUAAAGAGAUGUCCCACCUGGAGACAGAGACUGAAGUAUCUGCUACAAUGAAAGAUGCCACGUAUGAUAAGCUUGCUGUUGAACUGUUCAGUGAGUGCUACCGCAACAGUGAGGAGAGAGCGUUUGCUCUGUUGGUGAGGAAAAAUCAGUACUGGAACAAAACCACCUGCCUUCAGUUGGCUACAGAAGCAGAUGCGAAGACUUUCUUUGCACAGGAUGGUGUCCAGGCCUUCCUGACAAAAAUAUGGUGGGGAGACAUGUCUCCAAGCACAAAGAUCUGGAAGUUUAUCUGUGCGUUCUUCUGUCCUUUCCUAAUCUACACAAACUUCAUAUCAUUCAGGGAAGAAAAACAACCAAAGAAUGAGCCACUUAAAGAUCUAGACAAUUUGGAUACAGAGAGGACUCAACUUUUUUCCAAGGAAGAAGAUAGAGAAAAUGGUAAAGUGGAAAACAACUCUUCUGAAAAUACAGCGUGGAGGACAUUCAUGCAUAGCCGGUGCAUAAAAUUCUGCAGUGCCCCUGUAACUGUAUUUAUGGGGAAUGUUGUAAUGUACUUUUUUUUUCUGUCUCUAUAUACUUAUGUGCUUUUACUGGACUUUAAACUACCUCCACCAGAGGGUCCAUCUGUAUUCGAAAUUAUACUAUACUUCUGGGUGUUUACCUUUGUCUUGGAAGAGAUCCGACAGAGUUUCUAUAUGGAUGAAGACAAAAAAUUAAUAAAAAAAUUUAAACUGUAUGUAGAGGAUAACUGGAAUAAAUGUGACAUGGUGGCCAACAUUCUUUUCAUCAUUGGGGUAACCUGCAGGAUGCGGAACUCAACCUUUGAAGCUGGCCGUGCUAUACUUGCCAUUGAUUUUAUAGUGUUUACACUUAGACUUAUACAUAUUUUUGCAAUUCACAAACAACUUGGACCCAAGAUCAUAAUUGUGGAAAGGAUGAUGAAGGAUGUUUUCUUCUUUCUGUUUUUCUUGAGUGUGUGGCUCAUUGCCUACGGUGUGACAACUCAAGCUCUGCUCCAUCCCCAUGACAGCCGAGUGGAGUGGAUAUUCAGACGGGUGCUUUAUCGUCCUUACCUUCAGAUAUUUGGCCAGAUUCCACUGGAUGAAAUUGACACAUCACGAUCAUUUCCUGGGAACUGUACAUUUAAUCCACUGCAGAUUCUGCAAGACAACAUACCAUCGUGUCCUCAUAGCUAUGCCAACUGGCUCGUCAUACUUCUGCUGGUUAUCUUCCUCCUAGUCACAAAUGUUCUCCUUAUGAAUCUCCUGAUUGCUAUGUUCAGUUACACUUUUCAAGUUGUUCAGGGCAAUACAGACAUCUUCUGGAAGGUUCAGCGCUACAGCCUGAUCGUGGAGUAUCACAGCCGGCCUGUCUUACCACCACCAUUUAUCAUUAUAAACCACGUAAUUCUGGUUCUCAGAAGACUCUUCAACAAAGUGAAACAUAAAAAAACCUAUCUGGACAGAGAUCUAGAUCAAAAAAUCAUAAAAUGGGAGCUGGCGCAAAAAGACCAAUAUCUCGUAAGACUUGAACAAGAAAAGAAAGAAAGCAAUGAAGAAAGGCUAAAGGCCACAUCUAACAAGCUGGAUAAUUUGUUUAAAGAACAAGAAAAAAGGUUUAAAGCUCUGGAAGCCCGGCACGUAACUUUUGCAAUCCUAUUAGGUGUGACAAAUGCUGACACAGAAGCACCUUUGCCAGAUGGAAGUGAAAGAGAAGAGCAUGCAGAUCAGUUUGAGACUGAUAUCGCAUACAUUGAUAAUUAA